UGCACUAGGGAUCAUACUUAAUUUUAUCACAUUUUAUGAUACUGUGUUUUAUGUAUGUAUUUAUGUAUUUGUAAUUUUAAUGAUUAACGUACAAUGAAUAAAUACAUUUUUGUAUAUUGGAACUAGAAACUAGAACCAAUAAUUUAGUUUAAAUUCGAAAUGGAGUUAAGUGAAGAUUCUAUAAAAAGAAAACAAGAUGUUUUAAUAGGUGACAAAGAUGGAGAUUCUCUAGAUCUAAAGCAAGAUGUUAAUGUACAAGUUAAAUCAGAACUUAAAGAAUGUAAUGAUUACACACAGGAUUCUUUAUCAGCCUCGUAUUGUUCGGACGAUAUUAAAAUAGAAAUAGAAGAACAUGUGUUACAAUGUGAAAUAAGUGACCCAUUCCUCCUCAUUCCCAAGCAAGAAGUCAAAAAAGAACUGAAUGAACAUAAUUUAGGAGUAAAUCAUGGGUGUGAAACUCGAUAUACACAAGAAUUAGACUACGAAAAAGAUAUAAAAUUCCAGACGGAAGCUUCAACUGAGAUACAUCAUGAAGACCAUUGUAGAAGCGGUAGAAGUAUGAAAACGUCAAAAUUACUGUCCAACAUUGGCAAACAAAAAGAAAGGUUACGUCAGAACAAGAAUAAAACGAAAUCCAAAAGAUCGUUGGUAACACACACUGGAGAAAAGCGUUAUAAGUGCCAAAUUUGUUUCAAACAAUUUACUCGAGAUGGACAUUUGAAAAUUCACUUAAGGGUACACACUGGAGAAAAGCCUUACAAGUGCGAAAUAUGUUUUAAGAAAUUUAGUCGACAUGAUCAUUUAAAAACGCAUUUAAGGAUACACACUGGAGAAAAACCUCAUAAGUGUCACAUUUGUUUUAAGCAAUAUAGCCACGAGAGAAGUUUGAAAGAGCAUUUACGGGUACACAGUGGAGAAAAGCCUUAUAAGUGCGAAAUUUGUUUUAAGCAAUUUUGGCAAGGUCGUAAUUUGAAAAUUCAUUUAAGGAUACACACUGCAGAAAAGCCUUAUGAGUGCGACAUUUGUUUUAAGCAAUUUAGGGAAGUACAAAAUUUGAAAAGGCAUUUAAGGAUACACACUGCAGAAAAGCCUUACAAGUGUGAAAUUUGUUUUAAGCAAUUUAAUCAAGAGGGAAAUUUGAAAAAUCAUUUAAAGGUACACACUGGAGAAAAGCCUUACAAGUGUGAUAUUUGUUCAAAGCAAUUUAGUCAAAAUAAUCAUUUAAGAACGCAUUUAAGUGUACACACUGGAGAAAAGCGUUACACGUGCGAAAUUUGUACUAAGCAAUUUAGUGAAGGUCGUAAUUUGAAAAUUCAUUUAAGGAUACACACUGGAGAAAAGCCUUAUGAGUGUGAAAUUUGUUUUAAGCAAUUUAGUCAAGAGGGAAGUUUGAAAACGCAUUUAAAGUUACACACUGGAGAGAAGCCUUACAAGUGUGAGAUUUGUUCAAAGCAAUUUAGUCAAGAUGGCAAUUUAAAAAGACAUUUAAGAAUACACACUGAAAAAAAGCCUAAGUGUAACAUUUGUUUUAAGCAAUUUACUCAAAAUGGAAGUUUAAAAAAUCAUUUGAGGGUACAUACUGGAGAAAAGCAGUAGACAUAUGAAAUUUGUUUUAAGCAGUAACUUGAGAAAGUUCAUUAAAGCGUCAUAAAAUAACACAGUUGUAUCUCAAUUUACCUACACACACAACUCCGAGUCGUAUCCUGCUCACACAAAUACACUUAUACUGAAAAAAAUAAAACUAAGAAAGGUGGCAGCUCACUAGGCACCCAUAAGAUAAAACAACUUGUAAUAGAGCUUGCAGAUUACUCAAAAGAAACUUGAUCCAACAUAAAGACAAUGAAAUCAACAAUUAUUUAAAGAACCUCUCACCUGCAGAUGAUACAAAUUAUUCUCUGUGGAAACUAACAAAAAAACUUAAAAAACCGGUAUGGCUAUUAUAUGCAGCACAAAUAUGGGGAACAGUAUGAACACCAACAUCCAAAAACUUCAACGAUCCCAAUCAAACGUAUUGCGCUAGAUCUGCAAUACUUCUUGGUAUGUUACGAACCACAGAUUACACCACGACCUACAGCUACCAACUGUUAGCGAAGCAAUAAUAUCUGCUGUAAAUCCUACAUAAAAGACCAGAAUAUCCUGCCAUCCAAAUCCGCUCGCCACGGACCUGCUCAACAUUUCACAUGAAAGAAGAUUGAAAAGACCUGACCCUUUGGACCUCUAGUACAUCUGGAGAAACAGAGUGCAGUCUCAUAGUGCGGUAAAAUAAUCAUGUUUUAGUUUCAGUGAAUUUUUAAACUUUUUUUGUAUUUUUAUUGAUGUUUUUUUAGACUUUUAAUUAUCAUCUUUAUUGUCUGAACUGUCCACUACCUAUACUAAACUUUACUGUGUAUUAUGUUCCAAGUAAAUUGUUAUGUAUUAUUUUAAAAUUAUAAUCUUAUAUGUCUUACUGAUGGGUGCUCGCCACUGGGCGGCUUCCCUAUAUGUUAUCUUUAGAUUGCAAUAAACAUUAAAAAAUGUUAAAAAAAA